AUGUCAGAAAUGAUUAAAAAUGGAUCAGAAAAGUGUGAACAAUCAAUAAAACAAGGAUCAUCAUUUAAAGAUAUAGAAAAUUUUGUCACAGUUCAGGACUCGAUAAAGAUAGCUAUAGAUUUGACUGUAUAA